CAAGGGCUCCGCAGCCGCCGCCGCCUCCCUCCCACUCCUCAGGCCGCUCCACGACGAGCACGUCCCUGCUGCCGCUGGUCUGACCUAGGCCGCCCUUCACCCACACCAGCUCGAUGGCCGACCAGGAGAUGGAGCAACAGGAUUUCACCGAGGACUAUAGCGGCGGUGACUUCCAAGAGAACGGUGCCGGAGUGCCGGAGAGCCAGGAGCAGGGCGGCGAGGGCCACGCCGCCACCGUGCAGGACAGCGGCGCCGCCGACGCUCCUGGGCGGGACGAUGAUAGAAAACUUUUUGUUGGUGGUCUGAGCUGGGAAACUACAGAAAAGGAACUGCGAGAACACUUUAGCAAAUACGGGGAUAUUGAGAGCAUCAAUGUCAAAACAGACCCCAACACUGGCCGCUCUAGAGGAUUUGCCUUCAUCGUGUUCAGUUUAGCUGAAGCAGUGGACAAAGUCAUUGAUGCUGGGGACCACGUCAUAAAUGGCAAGAAAGUUGACCCCAAGAAAGCCAAGGCCCGCCAUGGAAAGAUCUUUGUGGGUGGCCUGAAGCCUGAGCUCUCUGAUGAUGAUAUUAAGAAAUUCUUUGGUUCAUUUGGCAACAUUAUCGAGGUGGAAAUGCCAUUUGACAAACAAAAGAACCAACGGAAAGGCUUUUGCUUCAUCACCUUUGACCAGGAAGCUGUUGUUACGGACCUCCUAAAAACACCCAAACAGAACAUCAAUGGUCAUGAAGUGGAUGUCAAGAAAGCCACCCCAAAACCAGACUCCAUGAUGAGGGGCGGCAUGAGAGGUGGCAUGAGGGGCCGAGGGGGCAUGCGGGGCCGAGGCAGAGGAUGGGGACAUGGCUGGAACCAAGGAGGCUAUGGAGGCUACAAUCAAGGGGGCUAUGGGGGUUAUGGGGGCUAUGGGGGCUACGACUAUGGAGGUUACGGUGGUUAUAGUGGCUAUGGAGACUACGGUUAUGGGGGCUAUGGUGGCUAUAAUGAUUAUUCUUAUGGAUCUGGCAACUAUGGCGGGCAAGGGUACGGCGGGGGGAAGAGCCAACACGGGCGGCAGCAGGCGCGGCACCAACCGUACUGAUUGGCGUGAACAAGGGCACAACUACACCACCAACUGGGACAACGGAGACACAUACUAGCACCCUCACUCCCCUGGUCUUCAACUGGUCUGAUGGUGUGCUGACACACAAAAAAAUGACUGGCAUACUGGACCAGAUUGAAGAUUUUUAGACUAUGGAACAUUGAGCCAGUCUUGCAGCGCGACAAACUUCCCAGGAACUGAAGGCUUUGGUCUGCCAGAAUUAAUCCGUCAUGAGCUCUCCAGGGCCAUGGGUUAUUCCAGCGGGUCAUGGAACCUUCAGUGUCAUAGAUGCGUUGGCUUUUUAUGUGGAACUGGUGUGACAUAGUGUGUGUGCCUACUGUGGUGAUCACAAGUUAGUAUUGUGAACUUUUUUCUUGUGGCUUGAUGGCAGUUCCCCUGCAAGGGUGUCAUAAGUAUUGAAUCCAGAACAACCCCAAGAUUUUAUUUUGUCAUUCUUGGAAUAAGUUUUACUUAAACGGCAUGACAAGCUGCCAACAAAAUUUUCAGAGCUGCUGAAAAUUUUAAAAUUUGUAUUAUUUUUUGUACUGUAAACCAAUACACAUAGUAGGUUUAUCAGGUGUUUCUCUCUACCCAAGUUUUUUGUAAGUUCUAAUGUGGUAGUUUAAAGGGGUGUUGCUGUAAUAACUGGUCAGAGACUGAGAUGUACAAAAUGAAGUGUCAUGGCUAGAGCAACUGCAUAAGAGCAUUGUUAAGGUAUUUAGUAUUUUUGGAACUACCGUUCAAGUAUUAAUAAAGUGUCAAUUUUGAA